AUGGAAGAUUUUAAAAAACCUAAUUUAAUCGCAUAUAGAAAGGAUUCUUCAAACAAGUUGUUUAAAGUAGAGAAGAAGCAGAAGGGUGUUCAAACAACUAAUAUUAAACCAUCUGAGGAGCCGAUUGUGCAAAAGGUUAAGGAAUCAAAUAGACGCAACUGUGGCUGUAAUGGCAGGGACCACGAAGUUUUUAGUAACUGUAUAAAUUGUGGUAGGCUAGUGUGUAUAUUAGAGAAGGAAGGACCCUGUUUCAACUGCAAUAGCUACGUUUACCCUGUCGACUCACCGGACUUGCCAAAAAAUUACCUGGAGCAUCCACAUUAUCAACAAAGUAUAUUAAUAAGAAAUAAGCUACUAAGUUGCGAUAAGGAGUACUUGAGCGAAGACUUUAAAAUAAAUGAUUUGCACGGCGGCUGGUUUGAGGAGUCGCGGGACGUGUACAACGAGGACGCUGAAAUCGCAAUGGAGAUGUACAUUCAAGAGGAGUCGGAAAAGCAGCAGCAGCAAGGAUUGCUGAAGUAUGACCUGGACCUACUGACCGGCACACUAAGUUACUCAAAAAAGGACGAUUCCUAA